UGUUAAUGUAACUCUGAGCUGGAUGUAACUCUGAGCCGGAUGCUGAAUAUUGUAACUCUGACUUGGAUGAUAUUCUGGAUGGAACAUCCAGCUAAGUGUUACAGCUCCUACUGGAUGUCAGGGCAGAGUGAGACGUAUAAUAAUUUUUGUCGCCCACAACCAUUUUACAUUUCCACGUAGAGCCAACUGGCUCCUUCAGUUCGGGAAAAUUUGAUUUGAUCUAUAAACAUUGAUUUUGGAAAAGCAAAAAGUGGGAUGAUUGAUAACCAAUGACCGUCACACGCGAUCUGUGGUAGUUUCCACGUACAUUUUACUCUCCAUUUGUCAUUUCAGUCGGGUUGUUUAUUCCACGAGCCUCGAAACAGGAUCACUCCGUCGACAUUCUCCUGCGUGGUGCGCAUGUAUAGACAAUGGCAACUGCUCUAAGUGGCCAUAACCCAGGUGGACGCGGACCAAACCAACGCAAAGGUCGGAUUUUAGGCAUUAUUGAUGCCAUUCAGGAUGCAGUCGGACCCCCAAAACAGGCGGCUGCUGACCGCCGAACAGUUGAAAAAACUUGGAAACUUAUGGACAAAGUGGUUCGUCUCUGUCAGAACCCUAGACUACAGCUGAAAAACAGCCCCCCAUACAUCUUGGAUAUCUUACCUGACACGUACCAGCAUCUGCGGCUAAUUCAGUGCAAAUAUGAGGAGAGCCAGAGACUGACUCAGCUCAGCGAGAAUGAUUACUUUAAGGUCUACAUUGAAAGCCUAAUGAAGAAAUCGAAAAGGGCUAUCCGGCUUUUCAAAGAAGGCAAGGAGAGGAUGUAUGAGGAGCAGUCCCAGGACAGGCGUAACCUGACCAAGCUCUCACUCAUCUUCAGCCACAUCCUGGCAGAGAUCAAGGCCAUCUUUCCUGGGGGUCAGUUCCAGGGUAACACGUUCCGCAUCACCAAAGCAGACGCCGGCGAAUUCUGGAGGAGAUUUUUUGGAGAAAAGACCAUCGUGCCUUGGAAAGUGUUCCGACAGUGCCUUCACGAAGUGCAUCACAUCAGCUCUAGCCUGGAGGCCAUGGCCCUUAAGUCCACCAUCGACCUCACCUGCAACGACUACAUAUCUGUCUUUGAGUUCGACAUCUUCACCAGGCUGUUUCAGCCAUGGGGCUCCAUCCUGAGAAACUGGAACUUCCUGGCUGUGACUCACCCUGGUUACAUGGCUUUCUUGACCUAUGACGAGGUUAAGGCACGGCUACAGAAAUACACCAACAAACCCGGCAGCUACAUCUUCAGACAAAGCUGCACACGACUGGGCCAGUGGGCCAUUGGCUACGUCACCAACAACGGGAACAUCCUGCAGACCAUCCCCCACAACAAGCCCCUCUUCCUGGCCCUCAUCGACGGAUGCAGGGAAGGCUUCUACUUGUUUCCUGACGGACGCAGCUACAACCCUGACCUUAAAGGCUUGUGUGAACCCACCAUCCAUGAUCACAUUAAAGUCACACAGGAGCAGUACGAGCUCUACUGCGAGAUGGGCUCCACCUUCCAGCUGUGCAAGAUCUGCGCAGAGAACGACAAGGAUGUAAAAAUCGAGCCCUGCGGACACCUCAUGUGCACCUCCUGCUUGACUGCCUGGCAGGAGUCGGACGGACAAGGGUGCCCUUUCUGCCGGUGUGAGAUCAAAGGCACAGAGCCUAUCAUCGUGGACCCUUUUGACCCGCGCAACACAGGGGCUAAGUGCUUCUUCCUGGAUGACUUUAGCUUGCCUAUGCUCGACCUGGACGACCUGGACGAGGAUAGAGAGGACUUUCUGGUCAUGAACAGACUGGCCUCCAUCAGGAAGCAGUGUGCCGAACAGCAGAACUCCCCCGUGAUGUCGCCAAACUCCUCCCCGGUGGCCCAGAGGAGGAAAGCCCAUGGUGAGGCCCUCAGCAUCCAGCACCUCAGCCUGCCCCCCGUACCCCCUCGCCUGGACCUCAUCCAGAAGGGCGUCAUCCGAUCCCCCUCUGCCAGCCCCUCCAGCUCCCCAAAGUCCUCUCCAGGGCUGGCCAGAAAACAAGACAAGCCUUUGCCUGCUCUCCCACCCCCCAAGAGGGACCCUCCACCCCCACCACCUCCUGAGCGCCCACCACCCAUCCCACCAGAUGGAUGUGUCUCCUUGGUCCCCUCCUCCAUCAACGGCGUGCCCUGUGACCCCGCGCUACCCCCUGAGGCCUGGUGUCCCAAAGAGAGCCCCCUGGUGGACCCCCACAAAACGGGGACAGGGGCGGACCGCUUCUCCAAGAUGGCCCACUCUGCCCCCUCUGAUGGCAACGGUAGACCACUCAGCUGGCCCUUGGCGGAUGCAGGCAUUGGCGGCUCGCAUCCUAGAAUAGAGGCCCUCAUGGAGAACCCCAAGCCUUACUCAAAUGGUCUCCAUGUCAGUGAUGAGUACGACAUUCCUCCUCUCCGACACUCCGCUCCCUUGCCCGCUCUCAACAGCAGCCACAAACACCUCAAUCCUUUCACCACACCUGGUGUUGGGAGAGCAAGAGGAACAACCGAGCGUGUUGAAGACGAGUAUCAGAUCCCUUCAUCCUACCCGGUGUGCCUAUCCCAUUCCCCAGUCUGCGUCUCCGUCCGGAUCCCUAACAGAAAUCUGGAGAAUGGGUCCUCGGAGUCCUCUGCAGGGGAAAACAAGCACAAGCCCUUUGAGUCUGGUGGGCAUUGUGAAUCGGGGGUGUUGCUCUCUGGGGCAGCUCGUGCCGCCCUCUGUCCCUUCCACAACAGGACGCCCUCAGACUACGACAUUCUACUUCCCCCACAAGCACCAGAGGAGCUGUUCAACAACCUGCCUCCCUCACAGCCCUCGCCCCCUUCACUCGUCAGACACAGCUUCACAGGUCUCUCCUCGUCCCCCUCCUGCUCACGAGCUCCCCGGCCUGCCUCCGGACAUGACCAUUUCCUGUUAACCCCCGAUACUGUGUUUGAUAUGUUGAGCGCUGUGGCCCCUCUGCCCCCUGUGAGGAGACAAACGGGGGACAACAUGAAGAGCCCUAUCCGGACAUCACAGUCCCAGGAGUAUGACCCAUUACCCCCCACCCAAGUGGACGUAGAUUAUUUGCAGGCACCUGCCAGGCCGCCUAAGCCGCUCCCUCGGAAGACCCCUCCGGACAUCCAUCAGAGGAAGAAUCAUGGGCAGGACUCAGCCAGUGAGAGUACAGAUGCCAAAAUCGCCAAACUCAUGGGAGAGGGCUAUUCUUUCGAGGAUGUGAAGAGGGCACUCAUGAUUGCUCAGAACAAAGUGGAUGUGGCAAGGAACAUUCUCAGAGAGUUUGCCUUAGUGGCCCCUAGACUCAAACUAUAACUCUGAGAAGGGGACCCAAAUAGGAGACAACUUGUGCCUCUGUGUGCGCUAGGGUAGAAGGAAAGGGCUUAUUUUACCUUGUUAUCCCUCGCUAACUCGUUCUGACCAAAAAAAGAUGGUAAGCUUGGAAAACGCUGAUCCGUGGACUGCAUUUUCCCACAGAUCGGGAGUCCAUCCACAACUAUCUGUUCGAAGCUAAAUCGAAUCAGAGAGACAGAGAACAGAGUUUGUCUGCCAGCAUGUUAAUCCUGUGAAGGAAAGAAUUCAGGCGAGCUUUGCCAGUGCUGGCCUCUGCGUUACCCUUCUGCUCCUGCCACCACUGCUGCUGAUCCCCCCUCCCCACCUGCCCACCCCCCAGCCUUUCAUAAUCAGCCAAUCAGGGGUGGGGUGUCUGUAACAAACUGGCCUUGGCUCAUGUUCUUCUAUGUUUAUUGCCAUUGUUGCCUAUGGUCCUUAUUCCAUCUGUCUCAAACACACCUAAAGGCCCGUCCAUCUCUCUCAAUCCCCUAAUUCUCUCUCUAUCCUUCUCUCUCCAUCUCUCUGAGAGGUAUACUAGUGUGCAGUCCAGUAAAGAUGGUGUUCCUGGUGCCCUAGCUGAAUUCUCUGCCUUAAUGAGCUGGUGCAGUUGUUGUUGUUGUAGGAAGAGGCUGGGAGAGGGAGGCUUUUGAGUGUUGUUAUUGACUCCCAGAAGCUCCCAGGUCGGUAGCAGAGGCACCAUUAAGCCACUCUGGAAGUCAACGAUUGCCUUCUCCACUUCCUUUCUCCAGAAGCAACCUGGCGAAUAUAUAAUAAGGAACGGGGUGGGACAGUAACAUGACCCUUAACGGUUCCUCUCAUCUCAGAACCACAGAUGAAACCAGAUACAGCCUUGUGUGUGUGCGUGCAUGUGCAUACGUGUGUGUUUGUUUUGAUUUCUUCAGUGAAAGACAACAACCCCACUGAAAGUAUGUUAACUUGAGGGGGCACAUGCAUUCCAGAGACAUUCCCCUCAAGGCACAAACCGUUAUUAGUACACUUUUGCUCUUAGAUUAUAAAAAAAACGUAUGUUUUUUUAUGUGAAAAAAUUAAGAUAGAAAAUGAUACCACCGAGCCAAUACCUUUGCGUUGACUGGUUCUACAAAUUAAUAUACAUUGUGUUGUUAGUGUUAGUCAAUAUUAUUUUGAAAUCCUGUGUCCUUUUGUUGCCUAGUUAUUGUACGCCGAAAUAUGUAGACGCAUUCCCACACAACCGGAGACAAACUGUACAUCCGAAUUCCAGGGUGCAUUGCUUUGACAUGGGUGUCUUUCAGAAAAAACCUCUGAUCAACUACGCUGCUCCUAAUGUGACUCUUGCGUCGUUAGCCACAAUCAGGAAUUUUAAAAGACUUCAAGUCGAUAUCAAGAGGAAUGCCCCAAAAACUAUUAAUAACAAAGGAGGCAUUUUCCCUUCACUCCCGUGUCAACUACCUACUACAGUACCAACCCUGGCUUUGUCAGUUUCAAUACAAUAACUGCAUUAUUUCUCCUCUCCUCUUUGAAGCUUCAUUUUGCACUGGUCUAAUUCUUUUUCAUCGUUAAACUUGAAAGUCUCAAACUGAACAUGUUUUAUUCCAUCUGGCUCCUAAAAAAGGAUGGGGGAAGUGAAGUGGCCUUCAUUAGGGUAGAUGGGGAGGUUCUCAUUCUGUUUCUCUCUCUCCUGCCAUGAAUUGUGUUUGAUGAAAAUUAAUUGUGGAACGUGUUAAGCAUUGUGAUGUGUGCAAUUAACUUGUACAUUAUGAAAGCCUUCACUUCAUGAUUAUUGUCAUUGUUCAGUAAUUAAAGUAACCAGUGAUUUGUUUUGUUUAGAAACAUUUUUUUUUCUUCAUAAAAGCCAGUAUUAACAUGA